UUGCACCCAAACUUAUUGUGAGCAUCAAUAUAAGACACCCAGGAGGCUGGAUUGGCUCAAUUUUGUGCAAGUUGGUAACUGGUGGAGGCUUCGCAUGGGUUGCAGCAUUUUGUUCGAUUUAUACUCUGGUUGCAAUCGCUGUGGAAAGGUAUUACGCAGUAAUUUACCCGCGCGGUAAAAGAUGGACACUCACAAAUCGCAAACUGAAGGUGAUAUUAACCUCCGCCUGGAUUAUCGCGGUUACGUGCAACAUUCCAAAUAUCUCUUAUAUGACCGUCACCAACGGUUUAUGCUAUGAAAUGUGGCCUGACGAUUGGAAGAUCAAGGCUUUUACUUUAUUUGUUACCUCGAAAGUAACUAUCGCCUUAUUACUGAUGGUGGUGCUGUACUCGAGAGUCGUUUUUGCCCUGUGGUUCAAACGAAGCAGCACUAAUCCGGCGACAUUUCAGCAAAAAGGCAUAAUGAGAAUCCGCAAGCGGGUGACUUUAAUGGCUGUGGUUGUCAGUAUCAUAUUUGGAAUCUCUUGGGGCACUAUUCAGUUCCUGUACACCUUGCACUUUUUCACAUCAUAUCGAAUGAAUCAUUUUGUGGUUGCCAUCUCCAACAUGACGGUAUUGUUUAAUUCUGCUGUCAACCCUUUCGUAUAUGCCCUGAUGAACUACAACUUCAGACAGAAACUUAAGGAAAUUCUUGGAUGCCCCAAGGCUAAGAUUGAUGUGACGAGUGAGCUGCAGAACCUCGAUGUUAUCAACAAAAGCAAUUAGCCAAACAUCCGUGAUUCCUCAAACAAUAUACCAUAUCUGUGAAGCAGGAGUAUUAUAAUAAAUUGCGCCUUUUUUGUGACUCUGCAGUCGACUGACGCCUUUAAAAGACGUAAAUAGGUGAAUUAAGAGAAGCCAUUCUAACAGAGAGUUUAGCGAACACUUUUCAAAUGUACUGUGACCAACUGUUUCCAAAAGUAGAAUAACAGUUUUUCAAAAAAAGUCCAAUAGUUUUCAAACGUAGACUUAAGAUUUUCAGACGUAGACCACAGUCUUCCAACGUAACUCACAGUUUUCAAAAGUGGAAAAACCUGUAUGUGUUGUAAAAACAUAGGGCUAUGAUAAAUUUGCAAUAAAGUUUUUUAUUGAAAG